AUGUAUGGAUUCAAUGAGACCAAUGACAGAACAAUACAGAGAAUUACAGUGAGGCUAAGGCCCUUGAUUUCAACCCAGCUAGCCAAAAAGCCGGCCACAGAAGAGGCUGUCUUUCCAAGUACUCAGACAGAAACUGAAAAGGUUGAAAAAUCAGGAACUGUGCUGGUAGAAACUGGUCCAGUAUCUUAUAAUCAUGAGGAGGACGUGGAAGAAGAAGAAAUUGAAGAGGAAGAGGAUCAUUGUGUGAGCGCCCUUAAACUAAUGGGAGGAAACGAUUAUGGCUGUGAUGUGGAAGAUGAUGAUGGAUAUUAAACCUUUCUGUCUCCAAAUGGAAAUUGUGGGAGAAGCCACUAGUAGUAAAAACAAUUUUUCCUGCCUUGGAAACAAAAGUUCUGUUUGCAGUGGAUUCCUGUCAGUUUUCUUUGACCUACAGGCAGGCACUGGAACUUGGCUUUAGAAUACUUGAAAUGUUUCUGAUUUGGAUCAUGAUAUAAGAAAAAGAUUAACUGAAGCAACAGUUCCAGAGAUGAAAGAAUAGCCAAAUGGCUGCCCAAGCAUCCUUUGGACUUACCAUGUCCUGGAUUCAAUAAUAUACAUUGCUGUAAGAAUGUGUACAAAGAAGAAGAAUUGUUUCAGAAUGCUAGACUUUUGUGUGAAUAUAUUUGAGACUUGAACAUUUUUGAGUUGUACUGUUUACAUCAAUAGGAUUCUCAACAGCAGAAGCUUGUUCCUGCUAUAACAUCCAUGUCUUCAUGCUUCAGAAGUGGUAAAACAUAUCAAAAUGGGCAGACAGCUUCCUUUGGAAACAAGUUCAAAUGUAUUCUUUGUUUGUU